AUGGAGUUCAAAAUUCUAAUAACACUUUUUGCGGUUUUGAUAAUAAUCAGUGUUGAAGGCAAGAAAACUGGAAGAAGUCGUAGUUCCGGCUCAGGUCGUGGCUCAAGUAGGAAAACUAAUUACAACCCUCAACCGGCUCCAACAUCGUUCAGUUAUUCACAACCAUCCGCACAGAAACCUUCACUCUCUGGUUGGCAAGAACAGCCGGCCCAGAAAACGAAACCAACGAAUACUCAUUCAUAUCCUUCUAGUGGCACAGGCUUAUCAGGCAACAAACCUAAACAAACACAAACCAAUCAAGAAAGUAUACAGCGAAGUAGCGCUUCUAAUAAUUUAGCAACGCAACAAGGUCAUACCAAUAAUCAACCGAGUCAUGCGUACCCAUCUUCGACUGGAUUAUCGGGAAGUCCAGGCAACCAAGCAGGAUAUCCACAAUCACCAGGAUCUAGUUUGUCUGGUAGUGGUCAACCCGGUAAUAUUCAACAACAUUCUGGAAGUAGCUAUCCUCAACAAAUGGGUGGUAGAGCUCCACAAGCACCUCCACCCUAUUCUGAGUACAGGCCUGGUGACAACAAUCGUCAGUACCAAGGACAAAAUAAUUAUGGAAACAACUAUAAUCACCCUCAAGGCCCUCCACCUGCCUACUCCAAUGUUGGCAAUUACGGCGGUUAUGGUGGGCAUGGCUAUAACGCUGGUUAUGGUCAACAAAUGCCCGGUUACUUUGGAAACUAUGGCAAAGGAAACGGGGGAGUCAGUCGAGCUGGAAGUGCUCUUACAGGUGUCGGUAUAGCAGGUGCCGGUAUAGGGACAGUUUUAACAGGUUUAGCUUUGUGGAACUUAGCACGAUCUACCGGCCAUAAUCAUCACACCGUCAUUUAUGAUAAUAGAGGGCAGCCGGUUGCAGUUGCACCAGCUAACGAUACCACUGUAACCACUGACUCUUUUUUAGCUGAUCUUGUCAAUUGUAGUUUGACUAUUAGUAACGACAUUAAAACUGAAGUUGUUGCAAUUCCAUGUGCAAUUGCUACUUCUUUCACACCUGAAUCGGACAUAAAAGAUACCAGUAUUAAUAAGAAUACAAAUGACACGACCAAAUGCACCGUUACGGUCCUUACAAAAACUGGUAAGGAAUAUAUGACUACGAUUCCAUGUUCAAUUCUAUUAAACAGUGCAGCUGAAAACAAUGUCACAGAGCCUCCUAUUAUUGAGAAUGCACAAAGUGAUCUGAGUAACAGUACAAAUGAAGCUGCCCAAGUAACUGAUGUCAUUGGAAAUAGUACUGUAUUAAAUGAACCAACGGCUCUCAAGCUUACUGGUACAGACAACGUUACAUAUUCAAAUUUAAAUUGCACGCCUGUUGCGGAAGAAACUAGAGACCCGAUUAAUCCUUGUUACUCUAUAAAUCAUACUUUAACUGUUAUUCCGUUAGCACCAACCAAUGUACCAGACUAA